AGAAGUUGUCGUUUUCCCUCUUUCUAUAACCUCUUAACUAGGCCCUUUGCAUAAAUGGUUAAUCUUUCAUUGUAUUCCAUCAAAGCUGUCAUCUUGCUUGAUGCAGAGGGCAACCGUGUUUUGGCCAAAUAUUAUGAUGCAGAACAAACAACUUUGAAGCAACAAAAGCAAUUUGAAAAGGGAUUAUUUGACAAAACAAAGCGUGCUCAAGGCGAAGUUAUUUUAUAUGACAACCAAGUAGUGGUCUAUCGUUCCAAUAUCGAUAUUUUCUUCUACGUCGUUGGUUCAAUGGAAGAGAAUGAACUGAUUUUGUUGAGUAUGUUGAAUGCCUUUUAUGAUGCUGUUUCAACAUUAUUAAGAUAUCAAGUUGAGAAGCGUUCGAUUAUGGAUAAUUUGGACUUGGUCAUUCUUUGCUUGGACGAGACAGUGGAUGGAGGUAUCAUAUUAGAAACAGACUCGAAUGCCAUUGUAAGCCGAGUCUCCAAACCUCGUAUGGAUAUGGUUGAUAUCCCUUUCUCUGAACAAACCUUGUUGCAAGCUUAUCAAACUGCAAAGGAUAAGUUUGCUAAUCAAUUAUUACGUUAACCAGGUCUCACCCACCACACGCCUACAUACACACACACAAACACACAUAUAUAUAUACAUUGAUAUGCAUAUACUGUCAGUCUCUUUUCUUUUUUUUCAAACACAACACAUACACACGCGUAUAUGUAUCUAUACAGAAGCACGCACAUACACACAUCUAUAUAUAUACACACACACACACACCAGUGACAUAUCAUCCAUAAAAAAAAAAAAAGAAAGAAGUAUAGUCUUGAUAUUCUUUGUCGAAAAAUGAACAAGAGUAAGAAAUCAUAGGGUGGAAAGCCUUAAGGUGUCAUGAGAUGAAAAGCGUUUUUCAAUCGUCUGUUUCUCCUAUCAUUCAGGGCAGAGAAAUGUUUGGUUUUUUUUUCUGUUGGCGUCAUA